CGCCAAUAUAAAAAAAAAAUCUCUUUGUUGGCGAUUACGAAGGUGAUUUGCUGCUUAGUUUGAAUGUUCGAUUUCGUUGUGAUUGAGGGACGAGGAGCAGAUCUCAUUCGAUCUCUGCAUGUUCUGGAUAGUGGGAAUCAGAUCAGAAAUCUGAUUUUCCCCGGUCAAAGUCUGGUUUCGCUGGCUACAGAUCUUGGCUUUUAUGGAGAUUUCCCGGUGUCAUCUGAUCUUUAUGAUUCUCCCUGGUUGAUUUCGAUUCUGUUGCUCUGGGGGAUUCGAAAAUCUGGGAUCGCAGAUUGGGUUUUAAUAUCGGAUGGGGAUAGGCGGCUGUUAUCGAUAGCAAUUUCAAUCAUGGGUUCCAAGGAUUUGAAAUCAAUCAUAAUGGAUGUGGAUACGUUUUUGAUACCAUAUCGUGAUUCUCCUUCCCUUCUGAUUGGGUUUUCUUUCGAGUGUGUUAAGAGGCUGAUUUGGGGUUUUGAUUUGGUGUAUCUCUGUCAAGGAUUUUUUCGAGUUGGUGGUAUGUUCAAGGCUUAUUUAGGCGUGGGAAUGAAGAAUCUCUUCUCGGGCAUUCUCUUUCUCAUUUCGUUUUAUUUUGUGGCGUGUUCUUUGUUUUCCUCAGAGAGGUUUCAUAUUCUUUGUGGUCUGCUUAUCGUUUCUUUGGUGGGGGUUUUUGAUGGCUCAAAUGUCGCUUAACAAAGGCAAAGCUUCGUUGGUGCGUACUGAAACGGUAAGGAUUGCUUCUUCUAUUCUAGCUCAGAGGAUCCAGCAAUUCUCGAUGACUUUCAUUGGGCGUCUUAUGAAUCCGAAUGUUCAGAGGAUGGAAUCUCUGUUGAUUAAUUUGCCUAAGAUUUGGAAGAUGGAAGACAAGGUGGUGGGUGCUGAUUUGGGGCAAGGUUUAUUUCAGUUUAAUUUUGAAGCAGAGGAGGAGCUCCAAACGGUUUUGCAGAACAGGCCUUAUCACUUUGAUGGGUGGAUGGUUUCUUUGGUGAAGUGGGAGCCGAUCAUCUCAUCUACUUAUCCCUCAACUAUUAAUUUUUGGGUGAAGGUCACUGGUAUUCCAAUGCAUCUUUGGGAGGAUGAAACUUUAAGAGCUAUUGCUAAGAAGGUUGGUAUCCUCAGGGAAAUUGAUGAGGAGUCUGGGAGUUUUUGCGUGACUGUCAAUGGUUUCAACCCUCUUCUUUUCAAGUUGGUUGUUCCCUUUGCUACUGGGGAUGAGAUUAUUGUGUCUCUUGAGUAUGAGAAGCUUUCGGGAUAUUGUGAUCAUUGUUCUCGUCUUACUCAUGAUAUGAGAGGAUGUCCAGAGUUGCAGAAGGGAUCCGGUGAGCAGGCUGUAGAGCAACAAAUGGAUAAGAGGGGUGGUCAGCGACAACAGCUCCAACCUAAACAAGGGGGUUAUCAUAACGAAGGUGGUUGGGAGAAGCCAAGAAAGGUUGUUAAGAGAGCUUUGGAUUUUCAUAAUCAAGAUCCUACAGUCGGUGAUAUGGGUCCUGUUAACUCUCGACAUCAUGAGAGAGCUUUUGGUCCGGUCUGGGGUCAGAACAAACAAUCCACUGCUGGUCAGUCUAGUGGUUCUGGUGGGCAGCGAGGUUCUUAUGCGAGUGGUGAUUUUCUGGGUCAGGCUCCAUCUGUUAAUAUCAACCGUAAGGGUUUGGGACCAGUGUGGCCUAAGCCGUUGUAUAGAGCCAAACAGCAAGUCACUGAUCAGCGGUUACAGGAGGAUGAGAAUUAGGAUCACAUAGCUACAGACUCGCAGUUUGGUUCGGUUUCUGGGGAUGCUAUUUCUGAGGGUUUGGUGAAGGAUCCGGUGGAUCCAGAUUUCAUGGAGGAGAAUGUUGAUUUUUUGGAAGAUGGUGAGUGUCCGGAGGGUGGUGGUUUGAUCGAGGGAGAGUUGGGUAAGGAGGGUGAGCUUCUUGCGAGACAGGGGACUGAUCCUCAAACAACAAAGGAUGAUAUUUCAUCAGGUACCAUUCUUAUCUCGGCUCCGGGUGAUAUUGCUUUAGGAUCUAUUAAUUGUGCCUUGGCUGAUAUCACUCUAGGGACUUCGCAUAAUCAUAGGCGGAGUGUGAACGAGAAAAGUGUUAAAAAAGGAGUUACGGCUCCAAAGAGGGCUGCCUUGGCAUUGGCUUCCCCCGGUAAACGAUUGUUGGCUAAGGUCUUGUCUAAACCUGCAGGUGCAGGGAACAAACAGAAGGGGACAGGGAGGCAGGACAUUUCUUUGCGUGGUAAACCAACGGAUGGUGGUCGUCAAAUCAAGAAAGGGACGGUGGCUCUCCCGAAACCACCGGCGGAAACGUGAAGAUCCUUAUUUCGAACUGUCAGGGCAUAGGGGCUGAUCUGACAGAUAAGUAUUUGGGUGAAUUGUGGAAACAACAUCGAACAGACAUUUUAAUUUUAUCAGAAACUAAGAAAUGUUUUUCUUAUUUGCAAAAAUUUCAGAAUAAGUUUGGUUUUAAUAAUUUGUUUAUUGUUGAACCCUGCGGAGCUAGUGGUGGUUUAGCAUUAUUUUACAAGGAUGAAAUAAAACUCUCAGUUCUUUAUGA